CCAGAGUGGAGCUGUGUGCCGUCCUAAUGUGUCCGGGUAAAUAAGUGGGUAAAAGGUCCAGCCACCUGACAGCAGUGACAGCAGCACACAAACACUUCACAGAGCCACAGCCGCCCAGAGCCGAAAGUAAAAAUGUCCAAACAACCGCAGCCGAUCAGCCCGCUGAAGAACUUCUUCGCCGGGGGGUUUGGAGGGGUUUGCCUCGUCUUCGCUGGACAUCCUCUGGACACGAUUAAAGUGCGUUUACAGACUCAACCCAAACCCAAACCUGGAGAGAGCCUUCUGUAUGCUGGAACCAUUGAUUGUUUUAAAAAGACUUUAGCCAGAGAGGGUGUGAAGGGGCUCUAUAAAGGCAUGGCAGCACCCAUCAUCGGAGUCACUCCCAUGUUUGCUGUGUGUUUCUUUGGAUUUGGAUUGGGAAAGAAACUCCAACAAAAAACUCCUGAUGAUAUUCUGACGUAUCCGCAGCUGUUUGCUGCAGGAAUGUUGUCUGGAGUGUUUACCACAGCCAUCAUGGCUCCUGGAGAGCGCAUCAAAUGUCUCCUACAGAUCCAGGCAGCAUCAGGAGAGGUGAAGUAUGCAGGGCCCAUGGACUGUGUCAAACAGCUGUACAGAGAGUCUGGGAUUAGAGGGAUCUACAAAGGCACCGCUCUGACUCUUAUGAGAGAUGUUCCAGCCAGUGGAAUGUACUUCACGUCAUAUGAGUGGUUGAAGAAUCUUCUCACACCUCCAGGAAAAAGCCACAACGAGCUCAGUGUUCCCAGCGUGCUGUUUGCAGGAGGGAUGGCCGGAAUCUUCAACUGGGCAGUUGCAAUUCCAGCUGACGUGCUCAAGUCUCGUUUCCAGACAGCUCCAGAGGGGAAGUAUCCUAAUGGUUUCCGGGAUGUUCUGCGAGAGCUGGUCAGGGAGGAAGGCGUGGGCUCUCUGUAUAAAGGCUUCAACGCCGUCAUGCUUCGAGCUUUCCCUGCAAACGCAGCUUGUUUUCUAGGAUUUGAGCUCGCAAUGAAGUUCCUGAACUGGUUAGCACCAGACCUGUGAUGAAGGCUUCAUGUGGCCCCCUCUGCUCAGAAUCAGGACUGUUAAAUACAACACAGUUAUAAACAGUACACACACAUAAACAAACGAUACCAAGAGGAUUUCACAUUUUCCAAUAAUGUACUUUUUAGCGUUAAUACUGUUUAAUGCGUGGAUCUCUCUCAGAGCUUAAGACUCUGCAUCGGUGCCGGUACACACAUAGAAUCAAACAAUACAAAGAGGUUUUAUCAUUUUUCUGAUGAUGUACUUGAUUAUCUAUUUGAGCGUGUGCUACUGUUUAAUGCGUGGAUCUCUCUCAGAGUUUAAGACUCUGCAUCGGUGCCGGUACACACAAACACAGACAGUCGAAUGUUCUCACUCCUUUAUCCUGUUUUUCCCUUUUUUUUUUUUUUUAAAUUUGUUAUGUUUGUAUAAUAGUAAAAGGAGUGCAUUGAACAUGUGGUGCCUUACCUUUUGUGAUUGGCAAACAGGUGCACAUAUCAGGAAAAAGGUGCAUUUUUUUGUACUGUGUGUGUUCAGACUGUCAGCAAUACACGCCUUUCAAACUGUCUGUGAGGUCACACUCCACCCAGUGACCGGGGAUGAUAACUACAGCUUCUGUUUGUUUAAUGAUGUGAAAUAACUAAAGCAGUCACUAUGAGAUUGAUUGAACUGUAUGUGAAUAUCAGCAUGUAUAGAAAUAAAAAAAGAAACCAUA